UUUGGGUCUCUAUAUAAAGAGGAGUGAAUCUGUGAGAGAACAGCAGCAUCCAGCAGCAUCCAGCAGCGUCCAGCAGCGUCCAGCAGACUUAAGACCAAACUCAGUCUCUCUUCUCGAACCAAACAUGGCCAUCACUCAGCUCAACAUUUCCCUGAAUAAAGCUGAGGAGGAGGCGCUCCGUGCUCGAGGGUUCAAAAUGGUGGAAGGCAAUCUGACGCAAGGAACCCAAGGCAACGAGGUCCAUCUCUGGCACAAAGAUGGACAUGGAAACAACAUCACCAGGAUUCAGUUUUCAUACGCUGCUGAAAUGGAAAAGGGCUUUUUGGAUGCAGGGUACAUGAAGAUCGACAAGAACAUCGACGCUGGAACCUACGGGCCCGAGAUCUACCUGUGGUACAUCCAUGGCCACACAGCUGCUGAUGUUGCUAUCAAAGACCUCCAUCUCUCCAUGGAUGCCAAUGAUGAAGCCCAGAUGCUCCAAGCCGGCUUUGAGAGGCUGACCUGUGACCUGAACUACCACACUGGAGGAAACCGGGUCUUCCUGUGGCUGGAGAGAGAGAAACCAGUCUACAUCAAGGACAUCAAGGGCACCACUGACUGGAGCAGUGAUGUUACCCUCCUGAAGGAAGGUUAUACCAGAAGUGACAGCUACAUCAACAAGUAUGUGGUACAGGAGCGAGUCUACAUCUGGUACCUCAACACCACUGACCAGCAGGACGCCAUCAAGGAUCUGCAGCUCUCACACAAUCCGCAAGAGUACACCAACCUCCAAAAUCAAGGGUACUCUGCGAUCAACAUGGAUCUGAGCCAGGGGACCACAAGAAAGCCGGUGUUCCUGUGGUUCAAGAAGGAUGGCUUUGCCCCCAUCAGAAGCAUGGGGGUCAUCACCGACCGAGCUGUCAAGGAGUAUGAAAAAGUCGGGAGCGUCACCAGAAAGAUGUUCAGCUUGGAAGACUUCCGCAGCCUUGCCAGCCUUGUCACCUUCUACCUGUAUUUCCUCGGCUGAAAGUUGUGCUGGUGACCGAGCUGAGCCUGCUCUCUAAUAAAGCAACCUGUCCAAAAGAUCACUUUCUAACCACUUUACUGAGCUUUAAUUCAACAGCACUUAACCAUUUGAACUCCAAAUGAAAUCAUGCCAUCAAUCCAGAUGUUUGACACUUGAUCAAAUGACUCUGAAUCACUGUGUUUUCAUGACUUUCUGCUUCAAUAAAA